UUAGACGUUUGACUUCUACUAUCGCGAGUGCGUUAGUGACCUAAGUGAAAUUUAGUGCGAAUAUUGGGUUGUAAUUUAGUUAGUGUCAUAAAUACAUAUUAUCAGUAUUCGGUAGUGUAAAUAAGUGAUUAGUUACCAAAUAGUUUUAAAACUAUCGUACGUUUCAAGGAAGAAUAUUAAAACAGCAAAAGUUAUUAAUUGACUAAAAUGACCGUUUGGCGUGACAACCUGAAAAUUUUAACGUGCAAGAGGAUGUUGACGAAAAAAUACAUAUGGACAUUAAAAUGUGUUAGUGUUUUCUGACAAAGGACAUUUAGUGUUUUCGGUACAUACGCUGAAUCGAAUGCCAAAACUUUAGUAAAAGAGGUCGCGGAAAGUCUAGAAAAAAGUGACACGAUUACAAAACUUUCAAAUAAAAACGAUAAUAGAACCGCUUUUUCUGUCUCAUAUCUCAUCACGGAAACCAUCAGUCUUGAAAAAGUAACCAAAUCAAGAUUUAACAGUGAAGGAAGAUAGAUUCCAAAUAAUCGAAAGAACAAAAGCAAUUUUAAAUUACCGAAGAAGGUUGAUCAAUUCAGUUUGCAUUGGUAGCUUUACUCGUAUAUUAUAUUUCUCUAUACAAUGAAAGAGGCAGCUUGUGCCAGAAUUUGGGACACUUAUUAACGAGUGAUAAUGAUGACUAAGAAUCCAGUAUAGAUUGGAAGGAAAGAUUUGACCAAAAACCAAAAACUAACGUAAAUUUACAAAAAACAACAAAAUAUAAGAAGAAUUCAAUGUGGCUUUUAUAGAAAUGUGACAUUGAAGUCCUACUUGUGCUUCAGCACAAGAUUUACUUCGAUAAAGAAGUAACUUUGUAGAAAACUGGGAAUUUAAAAGAUAAAAUUGUAGCUAGUGUAAAUAUUACAAAGAAAUAGCCACGUGAUUCUACGAAUAAACUUCUUUUUUCGUGCAUGUUAUAUUCAGUUCCAAUGACACUACAAAAAUUUGAAAUGUGGUACCAUCAAGCAAAACUUUAAAGAUUGUUUGAAUAUAAUUUAUUAAAAAAGUGACUGUAUGAAAUUGAAAAGUGCAAUAAUUAGUAAGAGUGUUAAAAUAAUAUCACCACUGUUGCCACAAAGGGGUUCAUCAGGCAAUAAAUACAACAUGGUAGAAGACACUCUACAAUCUGGCCACUUAUCUGCCGCAGCUGUCUUACAGUUUGCAGCAAGAGAAGCAAUGGAAGGAAGGAGGUUGGCGGAGUUUGGCGCGCAUGCGUUUUCCGGCCUCGCGUACAAUCCUUAUGCGACCCUCGGAGAUAUGGGCGGAAGCGGUACCAGCUCUUCGUCGUCCCACAUGUCCCCUGGAUGGACGACUAAUGAUUUGGACCUGGAUUUACCUGGAGAACUGUCUAUGAGUGAGGCGUUGCUGUCUACACUGCCGUCGCUGGCGGGGUUCAAACAGGAAGCUCUGUCUCCACCGGGCAACCUGCUGACGAACCCGAGGCGUGUGUGGCCACCGAGGAGGACCGACGAUAGACAGAUUACCAACAUGGUGGUGGACAACCGUGAUUUGGAUGAUGGCUGCCAACAGACCUCGCCGCAUAGCGGUGUGAUGAUGAACACACACUCCAGCCCAGAAAGCAUGCAGUGCCAACCGAUGCCAAUCGUGAUGCCAAUGAAUGGCUACCACUCGCCAACUAACCAGGAGAACAAAGGUUUGCUAAUGUGCUCUCCGAGCUCACUGGAAAGCUUCCUGCACUCACCGACAGCCCGCUCGGAUAACAGCUUCAAAGAUGAUACCAGAUUCCAAAACCUUCAAUUUACUUACAGAUUCCAAUACGUGUUAGCCGCGGCCACGUCUAUAGCGACCAAACAGAACGAGGAAACUCUAACUUACCUCAAUCAGGGGCAGCCUUAUGAGAUUAAACUCAAGAAAGUUGGCGAUCUGUUGCAUUGCAAGGACAAGAUAUUGAAGAGUAUCAUCAAGAUUUGCUUCCACGAGCGUCGCCUGCAGUACAUGGAACGCGAACAGAUUGCUCAGUGGCAUGCUGAGAGACCCGGGGAAAGGAUCAUAGAAGUGGACGUGCCUUUGUCGUACGGGGUGACGCGCGUGGAACAGCCGACCUGUUUGAACGCGUUGCACAUUUACUGGGACCCCACUAAGGACGUCGGCGUUUACAUAAAGGUGAACUGCAUAUCCACGGAGUUCACAGCCAAGAAGCAUGGUGGCGAGAAGGGGGUGCCUUUUCGCAUCCAGGUGGAGACUUACCUCGCCAACGAUGACAACAGGCUUCACGCGGCCGCGUGCCAGAUCAAGGUUUUCAAACUGAAAGGCGCGGACCGCAAACACAAGCAAGACCGCGAGAAGGUGAUGCGGCGACCAACCACCGGCCACGAGAAAUACCAGCCAGGCUGCGAUGCCACCGUCCUCACCACUUUGUCAAACGAUGCAUUGCUACCACCGCCAUCCCUGGUCACCACUUCACCACCAUACUCGCCGGAAAUGUGUGUCAGCCCUAAGGCUAUUCCAAGUCCAGUACUGGUAAACAAGCCAGUCGUAUCUCAACCUGCAAUACUUCCAUCCACCAACCAGAUGAAACCACUGUAUUGCUCAGACGGCGGUGACGUUAAGGUGAACAGCCCACCAUGUCAUUCGCCCGGUGCCAUCUUGCCCGACCUGCCACAAGCCGCGGAAGAUCCUGAUAAGAACUGCGGGCUGUCGAAGGACGCUACGGCCCCAGAGACACAAGCGUGGCUGGCGAGACACCGCUUCACGCAGCAUGUGCCCACUUUCACCAACUUCUCCGGAGCUGACUUGCUGAGACUAUCCCGUGAUGACAUCAUACAGAUAUGCGGCCUUGCUGACGGAAUACGUUUGUUCAACGCACUGCACGCCAAACGCAUCGAGCCCCGUCUCACAGUGUAUGUCUGUCCGUCCGGCUGCACCGUGUACAGCGUGCUUUAUUUGCACGCCUGUCGGGCCGCGGAAUUGCUGCAUAAGCUCCGAACCCUUCUACCGCCCACCAGCAAGGAAUGUGACACCGUACUCGUUUCCGGUCCGAACGGUGCACCGGUACGCCUAACCGACGAGCUGGUACGACACCUGCCGGACAACUCUACGUACCGCUUGGAGAGAAUUGAGGAUGAUACUCUACUGUUGAGCCCCACGGGCAACUGACACCGGGGUUGACUCCUCCAGAAUUACUCGGACAUGGAAUAAACAUUGUCAACGAUGAUUGAUGAGGUGGCAACAUCGAGAACCGCGAUUAACGAGGUGGCAACAUGGUUAAACACGAUUAACUAGGUGGCAACAAAUAUGGUUAACGAGGUGGCAACAUGGUUAAACAUGAUUAACGAGGUGGCAACAUGGCUAAACACAAUUAACGAGGUAGGAACUUGGUUAAACACCAUUAAAAAGGUGGCAACAAACAUGCUUAACGAGGUGGCAAUAUGGUUAACACAGUUAACAAGGUGGCACGUUGGUUAAACAUGAUUAACGUGUUUGCAGUAUGCAUUAAAACCAUAAAGACAAACCAUAAGCAUGGUAACCAUAGAUACAUGGUUACUUAGGAAUGUUAGUUAAGAACUAAUGGAAUUUAGGGAAACUUAUUGCUAGCGACCAUUAAAAGCGUGAUUAAUCUGGUUAGGUAUAGUGGUUACUUUGUUUUAAUGACCCCUCAAUAUUGAGGGGUAAGUGAGCCUCACGUUACUAACAUUAGGGGGUACUGGGAAUUAAUAAAACAGAGGUCAAGAACGGUUAAAAAGGUGGCAACUUGUUUAAUUACGAUAAAUUAAGUGGCAAAGUCGCUAACUAACAUUAACAAGAUGGCAACUUAGACAACUAAGAUUAACGAGAUGGUAACUUGUUUAACUAUGUUUUGUGAUAGAGUAACUUGGUUAAACCAAGAUUAACGAGGAAAAGGUUAAUUUAAUAAAAGAGAAACCGAUAAUUUAUCCGGUUGACCAAGGUUAAUAUAAUUAACCAAAUACCAGGCUCUGAGCAUCAUAAUAAAUACCAUGUUAAACGAGAGUUGGCAAUGGAUAUCAUAUUUGCCAUAAUUGUAAAAUAAUGUUUCUUUAUUGAACAAAAAGUUUUCAAAGAGCUAUUUAAAAUAUCAAACGACUUUUUUGGAUAUUUUUAAGCAAAAAAAAAACUAAUCUACUUGUAACUUGAAUGAUACAUUCUACUAGAUAAAUUUAUUACUGUAUUAAACUAUUGCACUGAUUUAAAAGUGUACACUAUCCUUUACUUUAGAUCAAACCAAAUAUUGGACAACUUGAUUGCACAGUCUUUCAAUAAGAGAAUUACGGAGCAUAGUUUAAAAUCAAGUUAAAAUCCUAUAUUUACAGCCAUAUGAAACUUUUAAACAUACUGCUUUCCAUUUGCCCUUGACAGCAAUCUCAAGUUUUAAAAGAAGAUGAAUGAAUGAUGAAAUGGUAGAGGGUUAACCUGUUAAUGGUUUGGUGGUAAUAUUUAACUCAUACCCCUAUUCGGUUUCUACGCGGCAUGGUACAGGAACGCUAAUUCGCUUUGCGGCACGUCUUUGUCGGUAGGUAGGUCACCACCGAAGCCUCCCACUAGACCAAAUGGGGAGGUGCUGAUGGAUUUUAAGUUAACGAAUGUAAUUGCUGAGAUACGAUAAAGCCUAUAAUCAAAACGCUUUGGAUGUUGCAAAAUAUAUUGUGGAUGUAUGUUCAAAAUAUAGGAAUAUUUUUACGCAAAAUUUGAAUUAUAUAAUAGUUCAAACUCAAUUAUUUUUAUAUUAUAAACUAUUAUUG